AUGAAAGACCCUCCAAAUUCCACGUAUGGAGCAUUAACUCCAAUUGACCUGAAAAAACAUGGAGAAAAUCCCAGAUCCCCAGCAUCCCCACCUGUUGAACACCUUAUGGCAGGUGAAGCUUCAAGGCGGUCACCUCACUCACCGGCAUUUCGAAGAGAACAUGACCCUGAAGAAGAUCACACCCAUCAUCAAAAGAAAUCAGUUCUGGCUAAAGUUAAGGAAAGAGCAAAGAAAUUACGACACAGUCUCAGUGGCAAAAAGAAGCAUAGUGAGGAAGGCAACACCACACCUUCAUGGGGUGUUAGCUUAGAAGACGAAGAUGAAGAAGAAGAUGCAGAGUAUCUUGGAGCCCCAAUGUACGAAUCGGAGUUGGCUCCUGAGGGGUAUAAGGAGCAUGCAAGGCAGCAUCCAAGAGAAAUUCCUGCAAUUUCUGAGAAACAAGUUUUGGCGAGCAGUGUCAACCGUAGUGUUGAACAAGAAAAGGAGAAGCCUGCUACUUUUACUACGCCUGCUACUUUUACUACUGCUGCUACUUCUCCGAAGCAGACUAGUAGUCCGGCUACUCCAGACAAAACUACUCCGCCUCCUAACAAGACAUUAACAGAAACUGUAACUGAGAAGCUGGCUCCGGCAUAUACCACAGUAUCGGAUGCAACACAUGCAAUUGCUUCAAAGAUUCAAGGCCUUACAAUUUCAUCCCCAGCUGCUCCAGAAGCUAAAGAGCUUCCUGCGCUUGAAGCCGAGAAGCCUGCCAGUCCAGCUGGGCAAAAAUGGGAUAAGGGCGUUUCGGUGAAGGAGUAUAUAAAGAGUAAGUUUGAGCCUGGGGAAGAUGAGAGAGCACUUUCUCAAGUGAUAACUGAAGCAAUGAGUCCGAAAAGAAGUCCUGGAGAAGUGGGUGUGGUGGAGAAGGUGAGGGAGGCUGUAACUUCUUUUCUUUGGAAAGAAGAACCCUCCCGAUCUUCACCUUCACAUUCGGCUUCAAACUCAUCGGCAAGCAAUAUUCCUGUCUCAACCAAUGCUCAUGAAAUUACCGAAGAAGAAGAAGAAAACGACGGAAGAAUACUUCAAGCAAAUUAGUAUUUUGGGCUUAUAAACGUGGACAUCAAAACUCA